AACUUCUCUUGCACCUUCUUUAUAUCCGCCGCAUAUAUAAUCGUCACUCGAUUUUCUCCUCCAAGAUCGAAAACCCCAAACCCUACCUUUCUACUCUGCCAGAUUGAACGAUUUUAAUGGGUUCAAGACGAUCGGAUUUCGGCGAUAGCGCUAGCCCUGGGAAGAUUUUCAUCGGUGGUCUGGCCAAAGAUACUACCUUAGAUGCUUUUGUCAAGUACUUUGGCAAAUAUGGAGAGAUAACUGAUUCGGUAAUCAUGAAGGAUCGGCACACAGGUCGACCUCGGGGUUUUGGUUUCAUAACCUAUGCGGAUCCCGCUGUUGUUGAUACUGUUAUUGCUGAAACCCAUAUCAUCAAUGGGAAGCAGGUGGAGAUUAAAAGAACUAUUCCCAAGGGGUCAGGUGAUUCUAAGGAUUUCAAAACGAAAAAGAUAUUUGUUGGUGGUCUUCCAACAUCAGUUACAGAAGAUGAGUUCAAGAUUUUCUUCUCCAAGUACGGUAAGGUGGUUGAGCAUGAGAUAAUUCGAGAUCAUGUGACCAAGAGGUCACGUGGCUUUGGAUUUAUUGUGUUUGACAGCGAACAAGUUGUGGAUAAUCUUCUGAGUGAUGGAAAUAUGAUUGAUAUGUUGGGUACACAGGUUGAGGUCAAGAAGGCUGAACCAAAGAAACCUUCAUACCCACCACCUGCUCCUGCAUACAGUAGUGAUUCUAGGGGACGUGGUGGUUAUGCUGAUAGUUAUGGUGGUGGUGGUUUUGGAAGCUCUUAUAGCAAUUUUGGCAGUGGCAGUUAUGGCACUGCUUCCUAUAGGUCUCUGGGGUCUGGUCUUGGUGGUAGGUUUGGCGACUAUGGUGGAUAUGGUGGUACAAGCGAACUUGGGGGUCGUUAUGGCGAUUAUGGUGGUAGUGAGUUUGGUUAUCGGGGAGAUGGCCCCCUUGGCUACACCAGUCGAUUUGGUUCAUAUGGUGGAGGCUUUGGUGGGGGCUAUGGGGGUGGUCUAGGUCCCUAUGGCCGCGGUGGCGGCUAUGGAAGUUAUGGAGGGGGUGGAUCAGGUCCUACCUAUGAUUCUGGCCCCGGUGCUGGAUAUGGCGGGCCUGGCGGGGGAAUGUACGGUGGUAGGGCAGGUUAUAGUGGCAGUAGUCGAUACCAUCCUUAUGCCCGGUAGAUGCCCUUAAGCAUCUUAUAGAAGCUCUCUUUCCAACUCUUGCCUCAAAGUCGACUAGAAUUCCAUGUCUAAGGAAGGAGACAACCUCUAGAAGCCUGGAAGGAACCUAGUUUCUGCUGUUACUUAUUUAUGCUAUAUGCUAAGUAUGUUUUUACAUUUAAGGAUUAUUAGAUCCUGUUGAGAACUUUCAUUGCUGUUCUAAGCUAGACAUCUCCUGUAUGAAUUGUAUUUUAGCUUUUUGUCACAGUAUAGAAUGCCUGUUGGAGGUUUUUUCUUUC